AUGGCCACCAAGACUUGGAACGUUGGUAUCGUGGGCUACGGCUUCAGCGCAAAGAUCUUUCACAUCCCCUUCGUCCAGCAGGUCCCCGAACUCAAGUUCCACGCUGUGGUGCAGCGCACCCCCAAGCCCGAUGACGAUGCUGAGAAGGAUCACCCGGGCAUCAAGUCAUACCGCACCACCGAGGAGCUGGUCAAGGACCCGGCUGUCGACGUGGUGAUCAUCACGACGGCCCCGGAUUCCCACUUUGCCUUGACGAAGUUGUCGCUGGAGGCUGGCAAACACGUGGUCUGCGAGAAGCCCUUCACCCCCACCACCAAGGAAGCCGACGAGCUUGUCGCCAUUUCCCAGAAGCAGAACAAGCUGCUGGCCGUGUUCCAGAACCGUCGCUGGGACGCCGACUUCGUGACCCUCUCCAAGCUCGUCAAGAACGGAUCGCUCGGCCGCAUCUCCGAAUUCGAAACCCACUUUGACCGUCACCGUCCCGAAGAGCCGGCCGCCGAUGCCUCGAAGUGGAAGAACAAGGUGAUCCCUGGUGGUUCUGCGGUGUACGACCUCGGAACCCAUCUGCUGGAUCAGGCGGUGCACUUGCUGGGUCUACCGAAGCGGGUGACUGGGUUCAUUGGGUCCAGCCGCGAGGUCAACUCGUCGGGAUUCGAGGACACCUUCACGGUGCUGCUGCACUAUGCCAACGGCACGCUGGUCACGGCGAAGGCGACCGUAGUCAGCCCCGAGGAAGAGCAACUGCGAUUCUGGGUUCGCGGUGAGAAGGGCAGCUUCAAGAAGUUCCAUCUCGAUAUCCAGGAGGACCAGCUCAAGGCUGGCGUCAUGCCCGCUGAUAAUGGCUAUGGCCGUGAGCCGAGCGAGCGAUACGGUACUCUGACGACCAUUCAGAACGGCAACCCCGUCAAGGAGAUUGUCCCCACCGUCGAACCCCCGACCUACACCGAGUACUACCGCAAGCUUGCGCGGGCUCUCGGCGGCGAGGGGCAACUGCCUGCCAGUGGCGCGGAGGCCCGUGAGGUUAUCCGGUUGAUUGAGUUAGCUCGCGAGAGCUCCCAGACUGGUCGGACACUGGAUGUCUAA